AUGACGGAAGACCGUCUCGGAAACCUACAAAGUAAACUUCAGCAGUUCAAAGAUAGCUUGGCCGACAUCAGUCUCCCCUCAUGCCACACAUUCACGAAAUGUCUGUCCGCAUGGGAGGAGACAUUGGCAAGUCAUCUACCGUACAUUCACAUACCAACAUUAUGUCUGAAUCAUUGUAUUCCGGAAUUAGUGCUGGCUCUUGCUGCUCUGGGUGCCCAACAACGAUACGAAACACGCACGUCCUUGCUGCUCUUUCAUGCUGGUAAAACCAUUGCUCUCGAGCGAAUACGCCUUACCUGCUCGAGAAAUAAAGAAGCAAAGCCUACGCCCGGGCUUGAUCAGUCAGAAGCCAUCAUUCAGUCUGCCAGCGCUCUCCUCACGCUAAUUGUGCUCGCCACUUGGUCGGCAAAUGCCGAACUCGUUGACGAAGCAUUCGAACUUCAUCGUCCUCUUAUGUUCUGUCUGCGAGAGGACGGUCUGACCGACGAAGAUGAGAUGUCGAAUCAGGACUGGUCUUUGUGGGCACUGUCAGAAACCCGCAUUCGGACUAAGGCCAUGGCCUUUUGCUUUUUGAAUUUGCAUACAAUCGCAUACGAUCACCCGCCAGUUCUCUUCUGGCACGAGGUUGACCUGAAGCUUCCCUGUACAGUAAGAGAAUGGCAUGCAAUGGAGGAGUUUCAGUGGCUUCUUGCUCGACAAGAGGUAGUAAACGAGCAGAGACGUUUCCCCGAAUCACUGAAAGCGCUCUUGAGUUCGGAUGGACAAACACCGCAGAUGCAGCCUGCGCCCUCGCCUCUUGGAAACUACGUGCUUCUUCAUGGGCUUCUUCAGCGCAUUUACCUAAUCCGACAGAUUGCGGUUACACCGAUUCUUCGAGAAGAAGACAUCAUCAUCCUGCAUAAAGCCCUUUCAAAUUGGGCCACGACCUGGCAACGAACGUCCGAGUCCAGUCUCAACCCACGAGAUGAGAACGGCCCCAUCGCUUUCACAUCUGUUGCCCUUCUCGGUCUCGCUCACGUCCGAGUGCAUUUGGACAUUGGGCCUUACCGAGGUCUAGCAUACAAACUUCCGGCCCAGGUUGCCGCAGCUUUAGCAAAGGUCCCCUCUCCACAAAUACAGCAGACCAAGAGCGCAGUUUCCGCGCUUCUAUACUCGAUCCAUGCGCUCAGCAUACCGGUUGCAAUUGGCAUCGAGUAUGUGGUGCAUACUCAAGCGAUAUUCUGGUGUUGUCAGCAUUCACUUGGUAGUCUCGAGUGCGCGGUGUUUCUUAGUAAAUGGCUGUAUGCAAUCUCUGCUGCAAAGGCAGUGCAAACUAUGAAUCGAUCUGAGGAAUAUGUACUACACUGCCUACGACAAGUAUUAACUGAAGCCGUAUCUUCGGCCGAUUGGGGAGAUAUAAAUACGAGUUUGUGGCUAGAAGAUGCAUUCCACAUGGGGCUUGCCGUUCUGCGAAUCUGGUCGAGGGUGUUCAGCAAUAGUUCGGCAUGGCCGAUCACUGUCACAAUUGGAAAGAGUCUAGCGAUCUAUGCUGAUACCUACGAGAACCGCGGGUUGGAUAUGUGA